AUAAUUUGCUCUUUUUUAUUGCCGACAGCAAAAUCAAAAUACAAUGAAACUCAGAUAACAUAACACAUUACAAAACAACGUCACACAGACACAAACGAAUUUCCACUGCGUUAUCUAAAAAAGCCUGAUCUUCCAUCUCCAUCUCUCUCCAUGCACCCUCUGAGGCUCUGCCCCAUCCAUCAAACAAGUGUCACCACCCUCACCACUUUUCUGCCACCUAUCCACCCCGCGCCUCUUUAAAAAAACUCCCCCCCUCCCCACCCCCCCCCCCCCCCGGGCCACAGUCCCUCAUCACGCAUAAGUCUCACUCUCUUUCUCUCUCUGCAUUAAUUAUUCAGCACAAAAAACACAGAACCACCACCACCACUGUCCAUGGCGGAAUCCACGCCACCGCAACUUGGACGUGCCACCGAGGGAAUCAAGAGCCUUUUGCCGGAAAAUCUUAAGGGGCCUUCCACUUCCCAAGUCCUGGCAGUGAUCACCCUUGUUCCCCUCGGGGGGUUCCUGCUCUUUCUCGCCGGCCUGACCCUCACGGGGACCGCGAUAGGCCUCGCCCUCACGACGCCACUGUUUGUGAUUUUCAGCCCCGUUCUGAUCCCGGCGGCGCUGAUAAUCACCCUGGCCGUUGCUGGGUUCCUGACGUCGGGAGCUUUUGGGAUCACGGCUGUUUCGUCGCUGAGGUGGAUCGUGAACUACCUGCGCCGAAGCGGCGGGUGGACGCACGCGAAGCAGCGGGCAGAGGAGGCCGCUGGCCACGUGGGCCAGAAGGCCAAGGAAGUGGGCCACGGGGCCCUGGGGUAGGCCCAAGAAAGGCCUUCGCUUGGGCCUCCUUGGCCCUUAGGUAUAAAAUAGGUAUAAAAUAUAAAUUAAGGUCUAUCGAAACGGUGUCGUCCUGUUUGUCUUUGGUGGACCCCGAUGUGGCUUUCUUUGUCUUUGUUUUUGCGAGUAUGUGAAUCCGGAUUAUUAAUAAAAUUGUUAUUUAGCUGUGUUCUGUCAAA